ACAAAACAGUUUGAGCAGACAUAGUGGCAAUUUAGCAGAAAAAAUGUUGUAUAAAAUAAAUUCAGUAUUCAUAUUUCUGUUUUUGUAUUUGGUGCCUUUCACUGCCGGUGAGACUUGUGUGAGGUACACUUUCGAACAAGGUUUCGAUGAGUUGUUCUCGGAUAAAUUUGAACUUUGUGCAUCCUUAAAUCUGCCACCAUGGGAACUCGGACAGUACAGGACAUUGGGAAUACCAGCUCCGAACGCACAAAGCACAUCUUUUAUGGCACCACAACCAGGAAACGAAAGCUGCACGUCAUCAUUCUUGUUUCCCAUGCAACGAGGAGCUACCAUUGAAGUCACACUUUAUCUGGAUCCAGUGCAUAGUCUCGAUGAGUUUAUGUUUCUAAUUACACACAUUGACCCUAGAUCAGGACUUCCGUGGAUGUCAGGAGUUUAUAUAUUUUCACCCUCGCCAUGGCCUUUUCCAAGUGGAUGGUAUACGGCGUCAUUUCCAAUACCUGGUCCAAGCACACCUGAAGGAUUUUUAAUGGUGUGGGCCGGUGGACCUCGUAACCCAAGGAUGUUAAUUGAUUCAUUCCGUGUCAUCCCUCCUGGUAUGGAUGAGAGCUUUUGCCGGCUUUAUGAAGGCAACAUGCGCCCUCUGCCUGCUCUGAAAUACAGAGCACCAGAAACUAUUCCGAAACUAAAAUCUUUUCUUAAAAUAAACGACAAAUUAUAGUUGACUAAUAACUUCAUUGUUAAUUAAGAUUUUAGUGGAUCUUAGUACACAACGUGUCAUUGUUGCAUUACUAAAUAAAUUGUAAUAUACGAUUUA